AUGCAAGUGAAAGUGCGUGACUGGAAGAGAGCAUCGAACCUCGCAAAAGGUGGAGAUUGGUUCCCUCGACGAUUCAGAACCGGCGACUGGAUAUAUUCAGCCCUCCAUCGCGAUCCCUUGGAGGUGAUCUCUGUGAACGAUCGACGAGACCAGGAGAUUCAGUGUCGCGACGGCGGCAGCGUGAUUGGGUUCACGUAUCGGCAGGUGAAGAAAGUCAAGUUCCUCCAUGACGACUACGUGACCAUCAAAGGAUACGAAGAUCCAGCUGCGGGGGCCAAACCCGUCAUCUACCAGAUCAGCGAGGUCGAAUGUUGGGAGAGAGACCGUUUCUACGUCGACUGGCGACGCAACACGACCCCAAACUUCAAGCUUCCUUGGGUGGGCAAGAGAUUGAGGGAACAUCACUGGUUCGUUGGCAUGUACCGAAUUGUGAGCACAGAAGACGCGAGCAAGGCUUGGGUGCCGCAGCAUCGUCUGAAGCUCGCAGAUGUCAGAGGCUCGUACGACUGGCAACACAUGGAGUGGAUCAACUACUAUGAUACGAGUGAUUCAUCGGAUAGCGAAUUUUUCCUGUCAGGCGAGGCGGAUAGUUUGAAAGACUCGUCCGACGAGGAAGAUGAGGGUUCUAGAUACGCUACGUCCCAUGGGACGAAGGGGAUGUAG